AUGUGCCUUUGCUCACCUGACGCGGCCGGGUCAUCAUUGUCUAUCGUCAUCCUCGUCUUCAUUCGUUCUUCAACGAUUACAUCUCUGUUACCGGAGACUGUUGUGCCUGCUGGUGGAUAUUUCUGGGCGACGCAGAUGCUGCGAUCCAAUCAUACCUUUCACGCGGCGCGUUCUACCCAAACUCCACUUCCAACUCCCGGGUCUCGACAGUGUUUGGUCACGGCUGCAUGUCGUCUGCGGAUGUGGCGUGAUGAAACUAGAAUACAACGCUCGAUCCAGCGAUUGAUAUCAACACUCGGGGCGGGGGGCAUUUAUGCCGUAGAGUACUUGCCUAUGAAUCAGACGAUCCCUGGAGAGCGACGCUUGGGAGUUUCUGGGGCUUUGAUGUCGCACCGGCAUUGGAAUUCGCUGCAGAACGUCGCGCUCGGCAUUCGUGAACGUCUCAGCUUCCUGGCUAUUCUCACCCUUAAUGAACUCACUGGCACUGAUCUACCCAUUCAUCGCUUGAAUGGCGGCCAGGCAAUGAUUGUGAUUCAUGUAGAUAUAGGCACCGUAACAUUCGAAUUCAACGAUCCGCCCACUGCUACACCAUGGGAAUGGACAAAACUUCGUGGUGAUGGGUUAACCAUGAAGAUACAAUAUGGGGCAUCGAUGUCUCCGGCGCCAAUAAAAUCGGCACCUCAUCCACUUGUCUCCACUUUUCCACCUUCCACCAUGAGCCCAAAACAUCAUAUCGUCGCCAUAAUCGCGCCCGCCUGGGGACACGCCGCGCCGUACACGUAUCUCGCCGCACGCAUGUUGGAGGCUGAUCCAGACCUCGUCAUCACCAUCGUCCAACACGAGCUCAUCGUGGCCAAGCUGGACGCGGAAAUGUCGUCCUAUUCGCACGAUGCCGGUCGAUUGCGCAUCAUGGGUGUCGGCGAUAAAAGUUUGACGUUUUCACCCGCGACAGGCCACAUUGCGCUCGAACACCUCUUGACAGGCUGGCUCGUUGUGCUGCCUUCGUUCGCUCAGGGAAGCGACGACUGGCCCGUCCCGCACGCCGUCCACCUCGAUUUCGCCUGUGGGGGUUUCGUGAUCGAGCAAACGAAGCUCGCGAUCCCUGGUAUCAAAUCGCUCGUCUGGUUCUGCACCGGAGUUACGUCCGCCCUGUGCCAUUUCACCGAGUACGAUUUCGCGAGGAUCGCCGACGACAUCUUUGCGGACGAGGAGAAGAGGAAGGGACGGAGCAGGGACGAGAUCCUUCACGCGGUAGCCUUUGCGUGGAACGGCUCAGACGCCCUGUCGAAGAUGAUCGUCCGGCAUCCCGGUCUCGCGGAUAUGUACGACUACGAGCGCGUGGGGCACGCAGCGGGCGCGCCGCCGGUCCUCGGUGCAGUGCUCACGGGGGCACAAAUGUUAGCGAAACACAGCGACGGAUUCAUCUGCGCCGCUACGAAGCACAUCGAGCCCGUCGGUGUGCCUUACGUGACGGAGUUCUACCGCAUGCAGGGUAAGAAGCUGUUCUCCGUCGGGCUCUCGGUACACGAGAAGUUCUGGGAGGAGGAUGGGGAGGGGCGGCUGACAGAAGGAGAGCUGAAGACUUUCAUGGACAAGGCUUUGGCGGAGCACGGCGAGAAAUCCGUGCUGUACAUCUCCUUCGGAUCGAUCUUCUUCCCGGUCGCGACCCCGCACCUCAUCGAGACCCUUGUCGAGACCCUCCUUACCCUCGAGCAGCCGUUCCCCUUCGUCUUCGCUCUCGGCUCGCAGCUGGCCUCCCUACCAGCACCGCUCAUCGAGCGCAUCAACUCCAGCGGACGCGGGCUCGCAUGCUCCUAUUGGGUCGACCAGCGCGCCAUCUUGAAGCACAAGGCAACGGGGUGGUUCUUGACGCACGGUGGCUACAACUCGAUUGGCGAAGCGAUCUCGCAAGCUGUGCCCCUGAUAAUGUGGCCCUGCGGUGCCGAGCAGCCCCUCAACGCGUCUCUGCUCUCCAGCGGUCCCGCCGCGAUCACGUUCGAGUUGCUGCAGGUCCGAGCUGGCCCGCAAAUCGGCCCCUCGCUGCGGUUCCCGGGCGUGGAAAUCACGGGGACGACUGAAGCGGCUGGUGCAGAGCUCGCCGGUGUCUUUGCCAAGGCCAGGGGCGAGGAGGGGAAGAGGCUCCGUGCGAACAUCGAAGAACUCAGGGGCAAGAUCCUGGCGGGCAGGACAGAGGAAGAUCGAGAGCAAAUCAAGGCUCUGGCGGCGUUCUGAUGCUUUUAGAUGCCCGAGGGAAACGCCGUAUCUUAUCUUAUCAGCUAACUUCGAGAGAUGAUUUGUCACUCCCACGGUUGAGAAUCUCGCAUCGAGAAUCGGCGGUGUGAAACGAGUCCUGGGGCGCAGCCGACAUAGUUUUCUCGAUGGUGAAAUAUAUUUGUAUUUUUGAUGCGAU